UAUGUGCCAUAACUGUUGUUAGAACAAAGUAUUUCUGGUGUGAUCUUAGGCAUUUUGUAGCUCUUGUGAGCAGUUUCCCUUCCAGCAUUGCCCUCAGCCAAUUACGUGUUAAUUUUUACCAUUAAAUUUAUUCAAGCUAUUCUUAAAGCAGAGUUUGUAAUCUCUGUUCCUGUGCUUUGAAAGAAAAGAGAUGUCAAUAUCAUCCAAAUAAUUUAAUAGUUCCUUUUGAGCUAGUUGUUCAAGGUUCAUUCUCAAUCCUCUCUUAUUUUAGUUAAGAAAAUAACUUUUUUAUUGCAGAGAGGAAAAUACACUGUUCCAAAAUGGCUUUCACCUAGCAGCACGCUGCUACUUGACCAACUGCUACAGGUAAAAGGGCUGCUUCUAUUUAGAUUGAUGUACAAAAUGCUGUUGCAUAAGCUCAAAACAUUGAUGGAGUGCUUAGAAAAUAUGCGGUGUUUAAACAAGUUAAACUGUUCCACGCCUGAUAUCCUUGAAGAAAAGGUUAGCAUUGCCUUGUGCUGAAAAUUCUCAAAUAAUAACGUAGUACUAGUUAAUGGUUAUAGAAAUAAUUACAGUUUUAAUAAUUAAACAGUCUUCAAGCAGCUUGCAUUUGGAUGUUUUUAAUUGUGCUGUAUAAUUAAAAGCGAUUUGUAAACAAAAGAUGUUUCAUAAAGGAAGCUGAAUGUACUAAGUAUGCCCUUGGGCUGUAUCUACGCAGUCUCAAAUACAAAAUCCUGCUGGAACAUUUAGAGAACCUAUGGUUACAGUAACUGUUCUUCACAGCUCAGGUGUUUGACCUUCCUUUUGGUGAAGUGAAUAAAUACCGCUGGUCUCUAUCUGUGCUUCUAGGCACCUUGAAGUUCUUAGGAAAAGAAUAACUGUCUCCAGUUCUUCUUGAUGAUAUAAGUAACAGCUUGAAUGUUGCUGCCCAAAGAAGCAGAUUACAGUUAAACACCUGUUAAAUCACCCUUGGCUCAUGCAAGGUUAUUCUGAUGCUGUUCAGCGGCAAAGUAAAUACCCACUGGGGCACCUUGAUGAAGACUGUGUUACAGAACUUCCUGUGUUUCACAACCAGAGCAGAGUAUAUCGGCAUUAAUAUCGGAGGUAAUAAAUGUGGAAUUAUGACCGGAUGUCACAACCUAUCUCUUGAUUCAAUCCAGGAAGGUUCGUGGCAAGCGCAUCCACUUAAGAAUUCCAUCACAAACGACGUGCCAGUAAAACACAGCCAGCAAGCCAGAGGGUGUCAUUCUGUGGAUUUAGAUCUCAACCUAGCUCAUGUGGAGAGCAGCCAAAAGAAGAGAAAGGCCAAACGACUUGGAAGUCAUCAAAGAGGCCUGGAUAAAGUGAUUACGGUGCUUACAGCAGGCAAAAAAGGAAGUGAUUCAGCAGACAUGGGCCAAGAAAACUUAAGCACUGAAAGGUUUCUGUCCAAUGCACAGUUCAAGUUGCAGUGAUGCUGAAUUCACAGGUGAGAAACAGGAGGAGCUUGCUUGAUUUUGGUAUUCAGCCUUUUGUUCACUCCUAACUGAACAGGCCCUAUGGAUGAGAACUUUGACUGAGAAAGAGAAAUUUCAGAACAAAAAUCUACAGAGAGCUGCAGUCUCCAGAAAGGUUUCCAAGUAUUUCUCAACUGCAAGAUGGAUUGCUGCUCACAGGAAGCAGUGUGAUCCAUCUUGCUGAAGGAUGCAAAAAAAAAUCUUGCCCCUUUUGAUUUUUGAUGCCUUUCAUCGUUCUUUAUAUCGGAAAAUGUCUUAUCUGGUUCAGCUGGGAUAGAACUGUUGUUUUCAGAGUUUCUGGUAUGAUGCCAUCCUUUUGAUUCAAGGAGAAAAACAAUGAUGGUAACACAAGGAUGUUUAUAGUGGCUGAUAAGCAGUGUUCUACAGAGCCAAGGCCAUUCUCAGAGAAGGGCCCAAGGUGC